AUGGCGAGCUCAGACCCCAGCCCGGAGCUGAAGGGCCCAACUGUGGCCGCCUCGGCCAACCAGUGCCUAGAAUCUUUCCAGCAAUGCCUUAUCAGCGCGUCUUCAGUCCAUCCACGAGAGGUCUCUAUGGUGGAAGACCAACUUGCGAGGUUCUCCAGCUGGGCUACUAGUAUCGGCGUAUUCGCUCCGGGGUCAGCCUCGAUGGAUCAUCGCUUGCGAUACGCCUCGGAGGUCCAGAGUGUAGUCACUGGUUUGCUGGAGUCCCUCAACUACCGUGUUCAGACCUGCUCGAAAGUCCUUACCCAGCUAGCAGAAUCAUCAACGACAGAUGUCUCCACAACAACAAACGAUCGGUUUGGGCAGUCAUUUCUUGACAUUGCCGCUGAGAUCACUCGUCUUAACAAGAUCUCCAACACAAUUCGUCGGGCCAGCAAAGACACUCAGGCGCUCAAAGCAAGUAACUUCCAAAUCAAAGACGAGGAGGGUGAAAACGUCGAGCCACUCCUUCUGAGCCAUUUUGAACAUCAUAUUGGCGACUGGUUUCCCGGUAUCAGCGAAACCAUCCGGCAGAGGCUCGCUCGAGCAAUGCUUCUCAGACGGAAAAGAAUCUUGUACCGGAGGCAUCGCCAAGGCAACACUUCAAUCCGUUCAGAAAAUACGAUUUCCCAGGCUUCUGUCACAUUACCUGAUGCUCAACCAAAAGCAGAAUCUUCAUUGCAAGCCACGUCAAAGAUAAAAGACCAAAAGGCCGCCAUGGAGAGGCCCGCGGCCAAAGUGGCGCCCUCACAAGUCAGAAGCGCCACAACUUUGGCUCCAGAGAAGUUCAAAAUGGUUUCCUCAAGUCCAUCAGUUGUCUCAGCAAGCAGGACAAUCGCGUCGGGGAAACACCAGGUCCUGACCUAUCCGCCCGCGCCUGGCUUCGCUGCCAAGCGGAGAUAUGAGAAGCUCAGAAGUCAACGAAUAGUCGAGGCAGCGGGAACGACCAAGGAGCCGGGUCUCCGAGAGCUACUGGAGUCAGACCUUCAAGCGAUAGGGGAAAUCACCUGCCCUUAUUGCCUUUAUGCUCUACCAGCCGCUGAGGUCUUUGAUGAGCGCAAGUGGCAAAAUCACGUCAAGAAUGACCUAGACCCUUACGUCUGUCUUUUUGAGGACUGCGACCAGCCCGAUAUUCUCUAUGCUCACAGCGAUGAAUGGCUCGGCCACUUGCACCAACAUGGCAAGGUUUGGCGCUGCUCUUCUCACCGCGAGAUGGGCCCAUUCUCUACCCUCGAGGACUACAUGAAACACAUGCGAGAUGUCCACGACACCAAGCUCAGCGACAGGCAACUCAGAGUGGUGGCAAACAGGAAUAGCCGCAAGACAGCCAAACUGUUUCCGUCAUGUCCACUGUGCGGGAGAGAAGAAUCCGAAGUCGACGGCCGUCUCGAGGAUCACCUCGCCGGGCACCUGAGAUCCCUUGCCCUGAAGUCACUUCCAAGCUACCAAGACGAGAUCCCAGACGAUGUUGGAGAUGGAAACAAUAGCAUCGACGGCUCACGACCACGAAGCAGAAGUACCAUUAGAGAGAUGGAGGAAGAAAAGGAGGAGAUGCUUCGAGAGGGAGCAGGAAACUUCUGGGACCAUUGGACCCCCCAGCUGGCUCAAGGUAUUUCAGUCAACUUUUUGGGAGAUGUUUACUUUGAGCUAGACCUGGGGGACAGCGAGGCCCGGGUUGCCAGUCUGUUUUUCGAUACGAUGGUCUUCAAAGAAUCGUCCGAGAAUCUUGAUGAUGACCCCAUUCUUCAGUCGAUGCUACAACAGCAGCUGGCAAGAAUAGAGGUUAUCGAUGCUGGAACAGACGACAGCUCGGAUCUUUCAGUGGAACAGGGGGUGGCUACUUCGUCGAAACCUCUCAUGGGCGAGACAUCUGGGCAGGACGAAGUUGACGAUGCGACCCCACAACAGCCUGUCAAUGUUGAACCUUCGCAUGCCCAGACAACUCCUUCUGGGCAAGACACCGAGGUGGACAUUCCAAAGGAAGACGAGAUGCCUGAAACACUUACCAAACCGACAACACAGGCUCCCCUAGCUACAGAGUUAGAGAUCCCAGGGGACUCGGGAGGUGUCAAUUUAUCAAGCCCCCCCAUGGACGAGACGUCUGGGCAGGAUGAAGCUGAUAACCCAGAUGCAAAAGAGCCCGCCGAUGCUGAAGCUGCUCAUGUCCAAACAGAAACUACUGGAAAAGGCGCCGAGGUCAUCUUUCCAGAGGGGAACAAGGGUCCAAAGCCUAAGCCGACGACACAGUCCCGCCCAAGCCCAGAGCCAGAUUUUCUAGAGUUCCUGGAAGGGGCCUCUUGGCCUGAAGAUUUCAAAAGGAGAGUAGCCAGGCUAGGGAAGGGGGAGAGAGAAGCCGUGCAACGGGUCAUCAAUGCUAGACGCGCUGAUGCCGAAGUAGUCGCUUCUUUAAAAAGGCUAGAGGGUGUGGAUGAAGACGACGUUGUGAACGGAGAAAAUGCGGAGGAUCGCGGCCCCGUCGAGCUUGGCGAUGCUCUUGGCUUUCUGGACAAGGUCGGGAAUCGCUUUCGGGACAAGCCAGAGGCUUACGAGGAGUUUAUUGAGAUUCUCCAGACCUAUAAACGCGAACGGACACCUAUUCAGGACACUUACGCUCAAAUUAGCGUACUCUUUGAGUCCGCUCCUGAUCUCUUGGAAGACUUCAAACAGUUUCUGCCAAAGUCCGCCCCCAGGACGAAGCCCCACAGCCAGAUGAAGCAGGAUGUCCGACCAAAGAAUGAGGAUAUGCUAUGUCAAAACGUUCUCAUCUACGGUCACUGCCGAGACAAAGAUCAAGGCUGUAAAUUCAACCACGGUGAUGGCCCUGGCUCUGUUAGUCGAACAACUCGACCGCCGGGUGCGCCGUCGAUGGGUUCCACGUCUCUGGAGGAGAAAGACGAUCACCACAAUCGCAAGAAGAAACGGGAAUCGGGUGUCUACAUCAAUGGUGAAAAGGUGAUGGAUCUGGACCACCGGAAACGCCCACUCACAAAACGCCAGUCUCCAUCAUCUUCCCCUGGAAAGGCACCAGGUGGCUCCUCAUCCAGCCAAAUACCCCCGAGGCCAGGUUCGACUAUUGACAACCAAGGGUCUGCAGCCUCAGCGCCUCAGGCCCGGUAUGCAAAUGUCCCCGUGACCUUCCAUCAACCGGUAAGCGAUGGUAGCUACUACCCGUAUACCAUUGCUGAAAGUGAUCCUUUGUAUGGUAACUAUCAGUCGUAUCCCAUUCCUCAAAGUGAUCCCUUUAAACCGCCGCCGCCCCCUUCAUACCUUUACCCCGAUGAUGCCUUCGAGGCCGACGUUGAAGAUGAUAUCCCACGCCCUAAAAACCCUCUGCGGAAGACUCGUACCUCAGGUAUCUACGUCAACGGGAAGAAGGUGCGAGAUUCGAAUCGCGGAAACUCACCAGUGGGAUCUCGCCGUGAGCGUGUUGUCAUAGUCGACAACCCGCUCACUCCCUACACUACACCCAACGCCUUGCCCUAUACCCCAAUAGGUCCUCUGCCAGUGAUAGUUGACGAGCGACCUCGCCCUCGCGUCGAGAUCGAAAUUAUUGACGAUUCCCGACCGAGACGCCACCGACAUGCCUCUGAUGUGCCCAGCUCUACCCGCAGCUUGAAGGAGGAGUCGACUCAUCCCCGGCAUGCAUCCGAUGUCCCUCGCUCUGCCCGUAGCUUGAAUGACGACUACGAAGAGCAAGAGAAGCGACGGCAAAGACGCCGGGAAAGGAGGCAACAGGAAGAGGCAGACGAACGACUUCGGGUUCGCAUUAACAAGGCGAAUGCUGAGAUCAGCGGUCAUCCACCAGUUCCUCCUGAGCCCCAACGCUCUUCUCCUUACCGGCGGCCCCCUGUCGAGAUCCUCGAUCCUGAGGCAGAUACUGCCAGAGCCGUACGAUGGGAUGAGCUUGAGCAGGAGCGUCGCGAUGAAGAGGCCCGCUGGCGGGCGCUGAAAAAAGAGGGAAAGGAAAUGGAGCCCUCAGCCGGGGUUUUUGAUCACGAGGCAGAGCUUGUUGAGGCCGUACGGCGACUAAAAGCUGAGCAAGAGCGCUACGAAGAGGAGGCUCACCGGUUACCUCAGAAGGAAGAUGGAAAGGGGAAGGAAAAGGAGGGGGAGGAAAAGCGGCCCGCAGUCGAGCUCCCCAAUCGUGAAGCAGAGCUUAUCGAGGCCGUGCGGCGUCUAGACAUUGAGCGGGAGCGCCGCAAAGAGAAGGCUCGAAAGGAGGAGAUGGAGGAAGAGGAAAUCCAGCAAAGGCGUCUGAUGGAGCGCAUGAAACCGAGGGAACGCUCUUCUGUCGGCUCUGGUAGUCGGCGGAAUCGGGUACUCUAUGACGAGGGUAGCUACCGAUGGGAAUAG